AUGCCGGUUCCAUUUCUACCUUUUGUGGCCAGCAUCAGCGUCUCGACUAAGAUCUCCCUAUGCAUCUUUGGAACGAUAGUAUUGGCUCUUAUGUUCAUCAAGCAAAUAUUGAAACGCAAGGAGAUUCGAGUCAAUACGGAUCAUUGGGUAACAGUGCCGAUGGCUGAGGCAAAGAGCGAGCCGGUCCGAGUGGCGGUUGUUGGCUCUGGCGUUGGCGCUGCUGCUACAUGUUAUAAUAUUCGUUCCCUUUUCGCCAAAGGGAGUGACGUGUCUCUGACGGUCUUCGAGAUGGGCAACGGAAGUGCUGGUCCUAUUGUGGAUUUCGACGGAGAAAAAUAUGAAGCCGGCCACUCCAUUGUAGCGGACUACAACCAAACUAUAAAGAGGCUAUGUCUCAAAAUGGAGGUUCCGUUGCGUCCGGUGGUACCCGGCAAUCAAAGCAUAAUGCUCCACACUGGCUCUUAUCCUUCCUUCCAGUCCAUGGGUCGGACCCUUAUGGACAUGCUCUCGACAGUGUGGCGUUACGGCAUUCAGAGCCCUAUUGAGAUGAGGCAAACUACAAGUGGAUGUGUCCUGUCUUUCUCUAACAUUUACCUUUUGCAGCAACACGGCUACGUCUACGACGAGCCCCUGGAGCUGCUCAAGGGCAUGGGCGCUGAUGGCGAUGACUUUACCAGUAUCAUCGACAAAGACGCCAGAGAUUAUUUCAUAACGGAUCGUUGCAUCAAGGCCCCCUUGGUAGACGAUCUUUGCACUGCCAGUCUCCGCUAUCUUUAUGGUCUCGACUGUAAGUCAGUGAAUGGCCUCUGUGCCAAUAUAGCAAUGGCCGAUAUUGAGUACGAGAACCUGUACACUCCUGUCGGUGGUGCCGAUGCGGUGUCCAGCGCCUUAUUGGAAGACAGCAAAGCUAGGGUUGUUGCUGGUCGGACUGUUACUGCCGCAUCACGAACGGAGAGCGGCGCCUUCGUGUUGGAUGGUGAUGAUGAAGCCAAUGAGUUCGAUGCUGUCGUCCUCGCGAUGCCGGUAGAGGAAGCGGAAAAGCUCUCGCUGAAGGGUCCUGAUGGCAAGGCCAUCGGCCUAUUCAAUGACUGCAACUGUGAGGUUAAGAAACUUUACCAUCACUUCGUGCAGGGUACUGUGAGUCCUUCCAUCACGAAGGUGGCCGGCCGUGUUCCAGUCAUCGUGAGUACGACGCAGAUGGCUGCAGAUAACAAUCUGCCGUGGACGUCUAUAGAAGCCGUCGUACCCGUUGGGGCUACUACAGAGGAAGCAGAGACUGCGCUGACGAGAGCUGCUUCUGGUCAUGUGUCUAACUGGAAGGUCACUGCUCAGGAGAAGUUGGGGAAGGAGGAAUUACAAAAGUUGGUGAUGAGCCUCCCUGGAGCUCCAGAACCUGUCGUGGUUGAGACUAACUGUCCCACUUUCCCUGUUAACGAUAAACUGCCUCCGUUCAAGCUCUCUGAAGGUGUGUUCAGUACGGCUGCUAUGACCAGGACAGCUGAUGACCUCGAGAUGGCUUGCAUUGGAGCUAGGAACUCCGCGCUGCUGGUUCGGAAGUACCUUCUGGAUGAGAACCUCAUCGAAGCGCCGACUGGGGAAGCUCCUGAGCCUCUGGAGGAAGGGCCGAAGCCUCUGGAGUAGAGGCUACUGUCCUGUUGUCCAUAAAAUAAUGAUUGUGCUGUUGCUGUUGUAUAGAAC